AUGAGAUCCAAACGCAAUGCUAGAUUUAAUACAAAUGACAAUUCAAAAGAUAAUAUAAUCGAUAGCAACAGAAAGCCUUCACCUCCAAAAAUUUAUAUGAAUACAUCUAACACAAAUCAAUUAAUAUCGGAAAGUGUUUAUUAAAGGAAAGGACUUAGUAUUCCAAAGGAUUGCCUUGGCUCAGGAAAUAGCUUUCAAUUAAAGCGAUCUCUUCCAAAAAACUAAACACCAAGAAUGUUGAGCAAAAGUGGAAGGAACAAUUAUGAUCAGGAGAGUCCUAAUUUAAUUAUAUAACCAAAGCAAGAACAAAGCAUGGAAAUAGAAUGUCUGUCCCCAACAUAAUAAUAUUUGGAUAUUAAACUCCCCUUUUUUAGUUCUCAAACCACAUCCAAAAAGGAACAGACAACCAGAAGAGUGAUAAAGGAUGCUUCGCUCAAUAAUAGCUAAUUUACUUCAAAAGAAUCACAAAUGAAAUCGUCAGAUAAAUCGAAAAUUAAUAAAAUUAGGAAGACUAAUUAUCAUUAACAAUAGGAAAUCAAUCCUCAAUUCCAGGUGUAUGAGUUCAAACAAGAACUCAAAGCUCUAAGAGUAAAAAGGACCGAAUCUUUUGAAUGGUUAUAGGAGGACUCACAAGGUUAGGAGGAAUCCUCCUUUAAUUAAUUCAAGCAGAUUAACUUAGGAACUUACUAUAUGGACAAUUUAAGGAAAUAUCUCAAAGGGCUAAAUCUAGAGGGCCUGUAUGCUCAACUUUAUAUCAACCAUUUUGUUCAACAGUUUCACAGUCUCUAACUCAGUAAACAGUUUCUUUAACCCGACAUCAAGGAAAUAGAGCGUCGUAGCAUACAAAUAUAAUAGAUUAUAAAGCAAAAAACCUUAGUCCUGGAUUUGGAUGAGACACUAAUUCAUUGUAAUGAGUAGCCAUAGAUGAAAUACGAUUUUAAGGUUCCCAUCCAAAUGCCGAAUGGGCAGAUUCAUGAAGCAGGAAUUAGCGUGAGGCCCUUUGCUCAGUAAUUUUUACAGGAAUGCUCAAAGCAUUUCGAAGUUAUGAUUUUCACAGCUUCUCAUCCUUUAUAUGCUGACAAGAUUAUUGAUAAAUUGGAUCCAACCAAAAAGUGGGUCACUUGUAGAUUGUACAGAGAACAUUGCAUAUAAACCUAAUAGGGUAUAUAUGUAAAAGAUUUGAGAAUUUUGAACAGGAAUCUCAAGGACGUCGUUUUGAUUGAUAAUGCUGCUUACUCUUUUGCUUACUAAAUUGAUAAUGGUAUUCCCAUCAUACCUUACAUUGAUAAUCCAAAGGAUAAUGAAUUAAUUGGUGUUAUUGACUAUCUUAAAGUCUUGCUAUAAAUUGAUGAUGCAAGGGAGAUAAAUGCUAAAACAUUUAUCUUGAAGUAAAUAUAACAAUGUCAAAGUCUUGAUGAAGCAAUGAAACUUUUGUUAGUGAUAUGA